CGUGAGGACGACUCGGUGGAGGCGUUGCCAAAGUAGUCCGCCCUCGCGGCUUCGCAACCCCACCUCACCGCACCAAAACCACACCACAGCCAUGGGCUCUUCAUCAUCGAAAGCAGCUCGCACGCUGUCCAAGUCUACCCCUUCCACGUCAUCAUCUACGGCAAACGCCACUGGCGCAGCAGCCCGCGCAGGUCCCUCAUCCUCGUCGCGCCCAGCUCAGGCGCGCUCUCAACCUUCGCAACCUGCUCCCUCAGCAUCCCAGCUGCGCUCCGACAUCCCCGUCGACGACGGUACACUCCGCCAGGCUGACGACUUGGGAGGGACGGGGAGACAGGCUGCCCCGCUCAAUCGUGAUGGUAGGAUUGGACCUAUGCCUGGCCGAUCAGAGGGCGGGAGCGAAGUCAAGGAUGCUGCCGUCCGUCGCGAUGCCUUCGACCCUCACUUUGUCAACCAGCUCAACAACCUCGGCCCAGUCCAGACGCCUUCCCCCACCUCAGCCUUGCAAGGUCGUCCUGGCCAGUCGCAACCUCACUCCCCACCUCAACAGCAGCAACCUUCCCAAAUGACGCGCAUUCUCCGUGCCCGCCAAGAGCGAGAAGAGCGCCUCGAAGCAGAGCGAGAGCGAGCAGAAGCAGGCUCCAAUACCACCACUCGUCCAGGCCCACCAGGCGCUCUCCCCCACUCGAGCUUGGACGUCCAAACCCUCUCCAUGCUCCUAGACGAACGUAAAGCCUGUCGAUCCCCUUCUGACCUUCAGCGACUAGCCAGAGAGUACGAUGUGAACCUCACCAUGUUGGAGGGUCUCACCAAACGCUUCAAUAGCCCGAGUAUAGGGAGGGUCAUGGAUAGUCCAGAGGAGCAGAGGCGAAAGAGGGAAGGAAGCGAUACCACUCCGGUGAGGAUGUUGGGCGUGUGGACUGAGCCUGAUAUCAGGGUGGAAGAAGGGAGAGUGGAGCCGCCCAAGGCGGGUUGAGAGUGGGGAGUGUGACGAUGUAGAGUAGAUGGAGAGGCGGGGGGGGGAGAGAAGUCAGGACGACGCUCAGCAAUAUGACCAUUGUACCCUCCACGUCUCUCGAGGCGGGCGAGAGAUUCCAGCAGACAAGCCCGGCCAAUCCCACCGCCUAGCCUUGGCCGAUGCGACCUCGAACUUGAACUCGACCUCGUUAUCACGGUGCGUCAGAUUUCGCCUCCUCACCUUCUCGGCAUCGUGUCCCUAGCUCAGGCCGCUCGGGCAAGUCAGGACCUCUCGAGCCAUUGGGUAGAUAGUGGGAGUCGAUCAAAAACCACCUCCGCUCCCCCAUCCCCGCACUCCUUUACAGCCGAGUACUGUAUUGCAAGGCUGCCACAGAUGCUCACUC